UCUACAACAGCUUAAUUUUUCGAACAUCAACAGCAAGAAAACCCUAAAGCCCUGAUCAAGUUUCUCUUCGACAAUGGCGAAUACUUGUAGAAUCAGCUUUAUCUGCAUCAUGGUCCUCUUGCUCUUCACUAAUCACUUAGCUCUUUCUUCUUCUGCACGGCUCCGAUUUAUAGAAGGUCAAGAUCUUGUUCACGGGAAGCAAAACAAUCUGUUGAAACUUGAUGAGAUUGAGAAAGCUGAUAGGGCACGUCUCGGUUACUUGUUUGGCAUGAUUGAUGAGGCAGAGACCAAUCGCGUUGAGGAGGUUGAUUGUAAUUUGUCUCUCGCUUCCGUGUUGCUCUAAGCCUCUAUAUGUUCGAAGGUCUUAUAAGCACGUACGUGCUCAUAAUCUAUGAUGAGUCUGCUUGUACGAGGCAUGUGAAAGAGAACAAUAGCACAUAAAUUUGGAAGUU